CUCUGGCCAGCCAGAAUGCCAUGGCUGCCUGACCAUCUCCAUUCCGUAUGGCUGGGUCAGGCUAUGGGUGGUUGAAAUGGCCGUCCGCGGCCUUGUCCCCGGAGAAGCAGGCGGCGCUGCAGAAGGCUGGGGGCAAAUUCAUGGAGGCUCUGGACUCGGCCAAGGUGACCGCGGAGCAACGCCUGGCCCAAGGAGCGGCGCAGGUCCGCGCCGCCGUGGAGACGCGCCAGCCGCGGUCCCCGUCGGCGGCCUGGGCCCGGCGGCCCUCCACGCGCCUGGGGAGCAGCGC